AUGUCGAAGAAAGCAUCUCCCCACAGGCGCCGCUCUAUCGCCGUUCUCGGUCAUGGCCAGGCAAAGACCAGCAGCAGGCGGCGCGCAUACAGUAUCGCGCCAGGAGAACGACUCAGCCCCUCAGCUAAGGCACGGCGACUGUUGGCUCCGCGCAAAAGCAUCUUGAAGGCUUCUAUCAAUCUACCCCCACAACAUGCUAGGCCGUCUGACGCAGCUGAGUCCUCUACAUCCGGUGCCACGGACGACAGCAACAUGACCCAAACCAUGGACUUCACCCAAGUUCAUGGCGGCCCUCGCAAGAGUCUUGCGAGCCGGCGCGUCAGUUUUGCUGCGCACACCCAUGUCCGUCUCUUCCACAAGGACACGCCCGACGGGAAGAGUCCAGGUGACUCCUCUCCCGCCGCGCCAGAACCGCCCGCUUUCGUCACUCGCGCCGACAACGAUGAGAACGCCGUUCCGGGCCCUUCUCAGCCGCCGCGUCGCGUAUCCUUCCGUCGCAGAUCUUCCGGUGUCAGCGAAUACGGGGAGCGCUCGAUGGAUAUGGACAUGGACGACACUGCGCCCCUUCCUCAGGACUUUCUCAACCACGGAGGAGAUAUCUCUACUGGUUCUGCUGUGGAGGACGAUGAGUUCACGGAGGACGAAGAUGACGGCUCAGAUAUGGAGGUGACUGAAGCGAUUGCGCUAAACAUCGAGCGAAAACGUUCUCUCUCGCUAGGAGGCAAACGAGCAUCCCUCGGCGGCCCUCAGCGUCGGCGAAGCUCAAUUGUCACUGCCACGCAGCAUCAGAGCGAGAACAUACCCCCGCGCGAUGGCCAAGACAUACCGGAAGACGACUUCUCCUUCGAUCUCGAUGGCGAAGAAGACUUGACGACCGGCUCCGCACACACCGGCUCCUCCUUCACGUCCGAAGGCUCUUCCGGAGAACCGAUGGAGUUCACCAUUCCAAUCUUACCGUCCAUGCGACAACCUUGGGAGCCGGACCCCGUCUGGCUGCAACUCCGCGCCAUGACGCAUUCAGGCCAUGAACCGUACGAGCCGCCACCCCCCGAGUCCGACGACGAUGCAGUCAUGAUUCAGCCGUCACCCGGGCAUGCGCAGCAGAAUUACGGCCAAUCGUUCGGCGAAGACGACGAUGGAGGAGAGGCAGAUAUGGACCUCACAUCUGCGAUGAACCGGCUGCAGCAUGCACGUGCUUCGCUCGGACUAGGGCAGCCCACUCUGCAGCAAGGAGACGAUAGCUUCAGCGAUGAGGAACCACAGCAGGAGCUGGAACCACAGGAUGACACCUUCACCACCACGGAUGAUAGCUUCGGCGAUGAGAGUGCAGACCUUGACAACCGGACGAUCAACCUGACCCAACGCACGAGUCUUGGCACGCUCGAGUCAUCGAUGGAUAUGACAGACAUCCACGGCGGAGUGAUUCGAAAUCCCGUUACACCGGCUGCAGCGAGGGAACCGCCCCAACCUCCCCCGCAGGCUGAAGAAGCGGAGUCUCUUGGGCGUUCAUUGUCAGGCCGUGUGUUCAGCGCGCCGACCUCAAAUACUUUAGGGUCAAGUGUAUUUAGCGCCCCCGCCACUGGUCUUAGCUCUAGUGUGUUCAGUGCACCUCCUACCGGCCUGGGCUCCAGUGUGUUCAGUGCGCCAACACCCGGCACACUAGGCUCCAGCGUCUUCUCUGCCCCAGCCCCAGCCGCCGCAUCCAACCUCCAGAGCAAUCCUCGAUCCCCCUCCAAAUCUCCCGGACCGGCGACCAUCCCAAAACCGUUCACGUUCAGUCUCCCUCGCGCCGGUUCGCCUUCGAAGAUCCCUACCCCCAGUGCCAGCUCUCAUCGGGGUACGGCAGCAUUCGCUCCUCCCUCCGUGCCCAAGUCGCCCAAGAGGCCGGCAUUCAAUGUCCCCAGUACCGAUGAGGGCGGUCCUGGUCCGGCGAAGCGUCCCGCAGUAGGACGGCUCUCUGUCGCUCGCACUGCGGCGUUCGAACAGCCCGAACCCGAGGACCCUCCUUCCGCCCCCAACGACACCGCAGAGAUUGCGCCGCAACCUAUUGCUGGCACAACUGGCAACCGACGCUCCAGCAUGAUCCGUCGUCCCGCAGGCUACUUCGCGCAACGCAAGAGCUUGGGGGCGGGUGUCCUGCCUCCUCAGGCCUCUUUCUCUGGGGCUUCGACGGCCAACGCAUCCGGCGCGAAGGCAGGAAACGGAACGGGCCUUCGGCCACGCGCGAGCAUGGGCGCGCAGCCAUCGGGCGCGGGUCUGAGUAUGCCACUUUCUCGGACGCACAGCGAUCCUGGGCCCGCGGACCGCGCUGGGUCGGCGGAACAAGGCGCCUUGUACCCCGACUUGACACAGCUCAGCAAGGAAGCUGAGGCGCAGCGCGCUGCCAGCCCUUCUCCCGCAUCGGGCAAGGGGAAGGAAUGCGACAGAGAAACAACGCGCCAGGCGACCGCGGUCCCGAGUACAACACGGGGCUCCCCUGCGCCUGCUUCCCCGAGAGUGGCGUCUCCCGCUCCUCAGCAGAAGGUAGCUUCUCCGUCGCCAGCUGUGGCGAGACCGUCGGCUUCUGCGCCCAUCCGAGGGCGACCAGUCACGCACAUAGAGAAGCCCGCGGGGUCGCAAGCGCGAAUAAUCGAUGUGUCGAUGGCUCUGGACGGCGAACCGGAUGCGUCGAUGGCCCAGGGAUCCGCAGGCAUCUCGCAGGCAUGGCGGGACGGUGUGCCCGACGAGCCAUUGCAAGACGACGAUGGGCCCACCAUAUCGAUCGAACAGUUCUUCCAGAUGACCGGGAUCCGCUUCAUGGACGAGCUCACGAUGCACAAGCCGCGCCGCUCCACUGUCAUGCCCGGCCAGCUCCGUCCGCGCGCCCGCCGGCGGUCCUCCUCGCGCGAUCCCGCCAGUUCCAUCGGCCCUGCUGGCUCAGGCGCGGGAGGGGACGAAGAGGCGAUUCCGCUCGCUGAGUUCGCCGUCACGAUGGCGAUGGACAUGCCGCGGCUGGAUCUAUACGGUGCGGUUGCGCGCGACCUGACCGCGUACAUCCAGGAGUGCAAGAAGAUCUACCGUGAGGCGGAGGAGGAGGCGCUCAAGGUGACCCCUGGACUGUUCAAGGAGUUUGCAAUUGUGGACGAGGCUGAGCAGGCGAUGCUCAUUCACCAACUGAAGCUCAUUAAAGCCAACAAUAUGGGAACCGCGAAAUCUCAAUGGUAUGACUGGAAGCUUCAGUGGGUUGAGCAGCUGUACGAGUCGGCCGCGCAAGGCUUUUCAAAUCUGGAAUCCGACGCGACGUAUCUUGCAGGAGUCAUCAAGGAGGCGCAGGACAUUCUGCCUCAGCUCCGGGAUGAGUACGCGGAAGUCACCCGACUCCUCGAGCAGGAGCAGGCCGAUAUCGAUGAGAUCGAGAACUCGGACAAGGACUUCCUGAACGAGCUCAAGGCGACCAUCGCUGAGCAAAGCACGGAAAUCGAGGCGUUCCGGGCUGACGUUUCUGAAGCGAAAGCGAAGCUCGACCGGCUCGACGAGAAGCUCGUUGAAAUCGACGCGCAGAAGGCGGAAGCCACGAGCGCGAUCGCCGAGGCCAAGCACAUCAUCCACAUCCAGAAGGAGAGCACCAGCGUCGAGGUCUUCCGACUCAAAGACGAGCUAGAGGCCCUACAGGACCUGCACUUGUGGCGCGCUGUGAAACACACGCCGGACCUGGUCGAGUUCUUAUAUGCGUCAAAGUACCACGUCACGCUGCCCUGCCGGAACUUCAAGCCCGUCUUGUCGCAAGCAACGAUCGUGCGCACGAAACAGUCGCGCCUCAAGGAGCGCGACGCGUUCCCGCAGUUCACGGACCUCGUCGUGAAGACCGCGGGUGUGCUCCUCGCCGAGCGCAACGAGAAGCUCGAGAUCAAGCAGGUCAUCGAGCUGCUCGGCGACUUCUGGUCCUCGUGCGCGCAGCUGCGCUCGCAGCUCACCUUCCUCGCGAUCAAGUGGCCGGUCGCGGUCGAGGCGCUCGCAGACGACACCGGCGCGCUUUUCUUGCGCGCGACCGUGACGAUGAUGCUUCCCGCCGCCCACAGUAAGGCACACGUCACGUUCCUCUGGGACCGCGACACGUACGCACGCUGGCCGCUAUCCGUCGGCGGGCUCAAGGCGGACGUGCAGGUCGCGUAUGGCGCUAUCAAGCGGGAGACGAUCUUGGACCCGAUCUUAGGGCGGAUUUCGCAGGCCUCGCAUUCGGACAGUCACGGGUGCCUCUUGGAUGCGUGUAUCGAGGCCACGGAGCAGUCCGAGCAGUGAGAAGCUUAUGUUGUUAUGUAUACCCUUGUCCGCGGCGUUGUAUUGCGUUUACUACCCUAUGUCCUUG